CCUCCCAAACCACCCACACCAACAUGGACCAAUCUCCCCAACAAACCACAACUCGCCAUCCUCGCCCUCUCUCGCUUCGUCGACUUCUUCCAAAUGGCCGCCCUCCAAACCUUCAUGGUCCAUCAAUUGAAGAGCUUCGAUUCAAACCUUUCAGAAGUCGUAAUAUCCCACCAAGCCGGUGUCCUUCAAGGCGCCUUCACCGCCGCACAAAUCGUCACAUCCAUCCUCUGGGGUCGUGCAGCAGAUCAUGUCAUGUUGGGAAGGAAGUCUGUCCUCAUGAUCGGAUUGGUGGGAACAGGAUUCGGGUGCAUUGGACUGGCAUUCAGUAGGAGUUAUCGAUGGGCCGUGUUCUGGAGAUUGAUGAGUGGAGCAAUCAAUGGGACCGUGGGAAGUGCGAGGACAAUGGUCGCGGAGGUGACACCCAAGCCAUGGCAUCCGCGGGCAUUCUUACUGCUACCUGCAGCGUUCAAUGUUGCGAAUGUGGCUGGUCCAUUAUUGGCGGGAUACCUGGUCGAUCCGGUCGUCAAUCUGGCGGGAUAUUUCGGGAAGAACAGUCUAUUGGGAGGAGCGGAAGGGAUACUCUGGAUGGAGAGAUACCCCUAUGCUGUUGCAAAUCUGAUGAGCACGGUCUUGCUGUUCGCAGAGGCAUUACUGGUGUACUACGGCCUGGAAGAGACAUUAAAAGGGAAACGACCUCUGGACCUCUCCGAGUUCAAUCCCAUGGAUAUCCUCCGAUCGCUGUCCUCUCAAUUCACCCAAAUCCGCACUCACGGCUACCGAGCCCUCCACGAAACCCAACGACAAGGCCUCCUCUCUAGUUCUCAAGUCGAAAUGGACCGUAUGACCACCACGGGCGAGCCACUUGCCAGACCUCCCCCUCAACGCCUUCCAUUCCGCCGCAUCUGGACCUCCAACGUCCUCUGGACUCUCCUCAGCAUCGCCAUCUUCGACUUUCACAUGGGCGCCUUUGCCAACCUAUGGAUUCUCUUCCUCGCUACCCCUCGCGCCUACCUCCCUGAAUCCACCAAAGCCGAACCUCUUCUUGACAACGACCUCCGUUCCCUCCACCCGCGCGGCCUCUUCAAAUUCUCCUCUGGCCUCGCUUUCCCUCCUCCCACCAUCGGUUUCGCCAUGGCCACAAUCGGCUUCAUUGGCGUGGCGCUGCAAUUCCUCUUGUACCCCUACGCCAACGCGCGGUUCGGGCUGAUGCGAUGUUUUCGCGGGAGCUUAUUCCUCUUCCCCAUGGCGUACUUUCUCGCACCAUACCUCGCCUUACUGCCCUCUUCUACCCCUCCACCUGGUCCCGCUUCCGGUAUUCCGAUAUGGAUGGGUAUCGCCGGUGUUGUGUUCCUACAAGUCGCCGCCCGCACUUUCGCUUUACCCGCGAGUAUCAUCCUACUCAACAACUCUUCGCCGCAUCCCUCCGUCCUCGCCACAAUCCACGGCAUCGGCAACGCCUGUUCCGCCACGUUCCGCACGCUCGGUCCGGUGUUGGCGGGGUACUGGUACGGAACGUGGACGGCGAGAGGGAUCGUGGGAAUGGCGUGGUGGCUGGUCGGACUAGUGGCUGCGGUGGGAUGUGUGGCGUCAUUGAGAGUGAGGAAUGGCAGUGGGCAUGAGGUUUUCUUGCCUGGGGAAGAGGGAGAG